CUGCCCUCGGGGCGGGGCGGGACCCGGCAGGAUUGGGCGGGGGCUUGAGGUGAUUCCCCAGCCGCUGCAGCUGCGGCUUCAGCCGUGCUGGGAAACCGAAAGUGGGCGGCGGCCGCGGCUGUGGUCCUGUCUCAGACGGCGGCAGGAGCUGAGCACAGGAGAUCGGAGACAAGCUAUCGGCCCCCGGAACUAGGUAAAGAUGCUGGAAGCAGAUUUGGUUUCAAAGAUGCUACGGGCUGUUCUGCAGUCUCAUAAGAAUGGAAUAGCAUUACCCCGGCUCCAAGGAGAGUACAAAUCUUUGACUGGAGACUGGAUCCCAUUCAAGCAGCUAGGUUACCCCACACUAGAAACCUACCUGAGAAGUGUGCCAACAGUUGUCAGGAUAGAGCCUAGUAGAUCUGGAGAGAUUAUCUGCUAUGCUGUGGCAUGCACAGAAACUGCACGGAUUGCUCAGCUUGUGGCCCGUCAGAGGAGUUCUAAAAGGAAAGCAGGACGGCAAGUUAACUGCCAAAUGAGAGUGAAGAAAACAAUGCCCUUUUUUCUAGAAGGGAAACCGAAAGCAACCCUCAGACAACCAGGAUUUUCUUCAGAUUUUUCUAUCAGCAGGAAGCCUACUCCAGCACUGUUAAGAGAUAAAGGAAAUCCAUUUGGAGUUAAGUCUGGUGCUGCAAUACCACCUUACAUAUUUUACACAGCUCAUGGAAAUGAAGUAUUCAAAAAUGUUCCAGUGCAGAGACAUGUAACCUUGCCUGCCAACUACAGGUUUACUCCAAAGGCAUCUCUUCCACCAGCUUUUCAGAUGCAUCUGUCAAGAACUUGUCCUCAGGGAAUGAGUGAUAAUUUAAAUCAGACUGUUGAAAAACCAAAAGUUGCACUUCCUGCCUCUUACCCUUAUAAAUUGGAUGAGGUUGAAAAUCGCAUAAAGGAAAUACUAAACAAGCAUAGCAAUGGCAUUUGGAUAUCUAAGCUUCCACAGUUUUACAAAGAGUUAUACAAAGAAGAACUUAAUCCAGGAAUUUUGCAACAGUUUGAACACUGGCCUCAUAUUUGCACGGUGGAAAAACCCUGCAGUGGUGGUCAAGACUUGCUUCUUUAUCCAGCGAAGAGACCGCAGCUUGCCAGAAAUGAACUGAACGAUGAAAAAGUGCCUCCAUCCCUACCACCUGCUCAAAAACAAAUGCCAACAUUAAAAGGAUGCACAACAGUUACGCCAGGAGACUCGAAAGAGAAAGUUGCAGAGCUACUGGGGAAAUACCCAAGUGGUCUUUGGGCCAGUGCACUCCCCAAAGCAUUUGAGGACAUGUACAAAAUGAAAUUCCCUGAGGAUGUCUUAAAAAAUCUUGCCUCACUCUCUGAUGUAUGCACUAUAGACUACAUUUCUGGAAAUCCCCAGAAGGCCAUUCUCUAUGCUAAACUUCCAGUGCCCACUGACAAAACCAUCAAUGAUGCAGUGCAAGCCCAGGGCGAUUAUGAUAUCAAAUGUAUGGUGGAACAAGAAUACUUGCAGAUAGAAGAAAACAUUGGUGAAAGUGAAGAUACCAUAAUGGAAGAUGUAACAGUUCCUUCUCUAACCAUUCCGACCGAAGUGUCCCCAUCUGUAUUGGUGGUUGAACUGAACAACACAAAUGAAGUGGUUAUCAGGUAUGUGGGAAAAGACUAUUCUGCUGCUCAAGAAUUAAUGGAAGAUGAGAUGAAGGAAUUCUACAGUAAAAACCCUAAGGUCACACCAAUCCAAUCUGUGCACAUUGGGCAGUUGCUGGCAGUAAAGGCCGAGGAGGACGCGUGGUUACGGGCACAGAUCAUCUCAGCAGAUGACAACAAAAUAAAGGUGUGCUAUGUUGACUAUGGUUUUAGUGAAAAUGUUGAAAAGAGCAAAGCAUACAAAUUGAAUCCUAAGUUCUGUUCACUUCCAUUCCAAGCCACAAAGUGCAAGCUAGCAGGAUUGGAAUUUCUAAGUGAUGAUCCUGAUUUGGUGAAAGUAGUUGAAUCUUUAACUUGUGGAAAGAUCUUUGCAGUGGAAAUACUCGAGAAAGCGGACACUCCACUGGUUGUUCUGUAUGAUACCUCAGGAGAAGAUGAUAUCAAUAUCAAUGCCACCUGCUUAAAGGCCAUCUGUGACAAGUCUCUAGAAGUUCACCUCCAGGUUGAUGCCAUGUACACAAAUGUCAAAGUCACCAAUAUUUGCUCUGACGGAACACUCUACUGCCAGGUGCCUUGUAAGGGUCUGAACAAACUCAGCGACCUUCUACAUAAGAUAGAGGACUACUUCCAUUGCAAGCACAUGACCUCUGAGUACUUCAUUUCAGUACCCUUCUGUGGGAAAAUCUGCCUCUUCCAUUGCAAAGGAAAAUGGUCACGAGUAGAGAUCACAAACGUUCACAGUAGCCGGGCUCUUGAUGUCCAGUUCCUAGACUCAGGCACUAUGAUGUCUGUAAAAGUAGCAGAGCUUCGGGAAAUUCCACCUCGGUUCAUACAAGAAGUGAUUGCCAUUCCACCUCAGGCUAUUAAGUGCUGUUUAGCAGAUCUCCCACAGUCUCUCGGCAUGUGGACCCCAGAUGCUGUGCUCUGGCUGAGAGAUUCUGUUUUGAAUUGCUCGGACUGUAGCAUUAAGGUAACCAAAGUGGAUGAAACCAAACGGACUGCACAUAUUUAUUUAUUUACUCCCAAGAACUUCCCUGACCCUCACCGCAGUAUUAAUCGCCAGAUUGCAAAUGCAGACUUGUGGAAGCAUCAGGAGGAUGUGUUUCUGAGCGCUGUAUCUAGUGGAGCAGACGCUCCCACCAAAAGUGGCAACACCGCCAUGUCGGGCAGCACUGGGGAGAAUUUCAGGAGGAGCCUCACUGAUAGCGUCAAAAAGACGGUGGAGUACCCCAGCUCUUUCCCCAUGGAUGAACUACCACCUCCCAUCCACUUGUCAAAACCAGGGGAACACAUGGAUGUGUAUGUGCCCGUGGCCUGUCACCCCGGCUACUUUGUCAUCCAGCCUUGGCAAGAAAUACAUAAAUUGGAAGUUCUGAUGGAGGAGAUGAUUCUGUAUUAUAGUGUGUCGGAAGAGCGCCACGUAGCUCUGGAAAAAGACCAAGUGUAUGCUGCAAAAGUGGAAAAUAAAUGGUACAGAGUGCUUUUAAAAGGAAUUCUGACCAAUGGACUUGUAUCUGUCUAUGAGCUGGACUACGGCAAGCAUGAAUUGGUCAACAUCAGAAAAGUACAGCCCCUCGUGGACAUGUUCCGAAAGCUGCCCUUCCAAGCAGUUACAGCUCAGCUGGCAGGUGUGAGGUGCAACCAAUGGUCUGAAGAGGCUUCGAUGGUGUUUCGCAAUCAUGUGGAGAAGAGACCUCUGGUGGCUCUGGUGCAGACGGUUACUGAAAACACUAACCCUUGGGACCGGAAAGUAGUGGUUUAUUUAGUGGACACAUCACUGCCAGAUACUGAUAUCUGGAUUCACGACUUCAUGUCCGAGUAUCUGGUAGAGCUUUCAAAAGUUAAUUAAUCACUGCUUCUGAGACCUUGACAACUCAUUCUGAUUUUUUUAGCAAUAUCAAAUCGUAGUAGGCUUAAAAAAAAAAAAAAAACCCACAAAAAUCUUCUCUCUGCUCCCUGGUUCUGACCCUUGUGGGGGGAGGAUUGUAAAGAAUAUAUUUUGUUUGAUAAGAGAUAUUUAACAAGUUUUGUUUUAACAAAGUUGACUUUUCAAAGAAAAAUUGCUCUUGGAUUAUUACUGUAAUAUUAGAAUAAAAAUAUUUAUCAAUGUAAAAA